UCCUCCUCCGCCUCAUAAUAAGCUGGAAACGAAAGUCGAAUUCAAACACGGACCAGCUACUUUCUUCCUUUUUGUAGAAACCGGACACCUCAGCAGACGUUCGUCUUCGGGAACGGGAACGGGGAAUCCCUCACACCGACGGUUGUGGAUAAAUACAUUUUGAGGAAAAGGAUGACAGGAAUUUUUCAACGUUUGGACUUUUACGUUUUAGGUUGCCUCUUGUUAGCGGCCAAAACAGACCAAAUCCUAAAACCACAAAAUGUGUCCGUAGUGUGGAUUCAUGAUUUUGUCCUACAGUUGUCCUGGUUACCACAUCAGGGUCACGAGAACUGCGUAUAUGAGGUGACAAAAAAAACCAAGAAGCCAUAUAGCCAAACUUUGGAUCAACUGUCAGACCCCUUCUGGAGGUUUUAUGAGGCGAUGGACGGGGGAGAUCUGUUCUUGACUGUUAAAACUGUCUGUAAUAAGAACGAGAGUGAACCGUUUGACAUCAACAUCACUUACCCAGAACUGGUGAGAGAUCUGCAGUGCUACAUUUACUCCUCCACACAAAGUUACUGCUCCUGGAUCCCAGUCAGUCAUGCAUCGAAUCUCACUUUUUUCUACUUUUUAACAGAAGAGAAUUUCACUGGAAAGGCUUACAGUGACUUGAACCAUACCACUAUACUAUACCUGGAGUGCUCAUCGUAUACCCCCAGUAACGGGGUCAGGACUGGUUGUGAUCUGCAGAGCAAUGUGAAUCAGGGUAUCCACAUCGUAUUUAAUGCAACGGUGGACAACAAGCCUGCCAGGAACACCUUCCAGAUUAAAGCAAGCAAGGUGAACCUUCCUGCACCUGACUGGGGAUUAAUUUAUUAUGGGAAUAAAUUAAGUAUUAACUGGUCUACUCCUGACAUCUUUCAUCCCUCUGACUGGAAGAUUCUACUUAAUGUCACCAAGUGCAAUAAAGAAGUGCUCAAACCCUUUUCUGGCGUAAAUUCAUAUGAACUGGACAUAGAUCCUUCUUGUCGGUACUGUAUCUCUCUUAAAGCACAGAUGUUCUAUGAGAGAGGAGAGACACCAUGGACCAACAGGACUUGUUUUGGUAGAGACAAAGCUCCUGAAGCGUUGUAUGCUGUCCUUAUCAUCCCAUUGCUGUUGAGUGGCCUGGCAGCCCUGAUGCUGGUUUGCUGCAUGAAGAAUAAGAACAACAUCUUCCCCAAAGUACCAGAACCACGGGAUCUCCUCAGCGAUAUUUCUGACAACAACAAUAAGAGCACUGUUUGCAACUUGUACAUCCCAGCAGAGGAAGAACACAGCUGUAAGAUAACUCUGGUGUUAGAUCCUGAAAUCAACAAACCUUAAUCCGGACACACCUCUGCAGUGGCAACAGCUGAAAGUCUCCCGAUUACUGGCACAAAAAAAAGAAAAUGGGAGACUCACUUACUGUUUAGCCAGGAGAAUCUUGGGAGGGUGCUUGGCACAGACUGACCGGAAAUUGAGUUUCACAAGGUCUAUGUGCUGUUAUGCAGACAGUUUAGUGAGUUACCACAUAAAGCUAAACUCACAUUCAUAUCAAUAUUCUAGACACCUUCCAUUUCCUUAUCACCAUUGUAUUUUUACACACACCAGCAUCACCAUUUUUGCCACUGAAAACCUCUGGAUACAUGCAAUUGUUGUAACCCGAGCAGCAGAGCAUCAGUGGAAAUGAGCCGCCAUUUGGUAGCUCAGUAGUACAGAGCGGCAAGCUGUAUAGCUGCUAUAGCAGAUUAUAUAUGAACUAAAGCGGUUUGCAGACUAUUGUAACAACUCAUUGUUUUAGCAUUUACCUUGCAUUGUUACAACACUUGCUGCUCUCAGAUUGUAUGAGGACGUGAGGAAUGUCUACUGUUUUAUAACAUUACAUUGGAUGCAUCAUCCUCGGCUUUGGGGCAGCAGCCUCUGUUGAACUGAACGAUCUACCCUAAAGAAUAACCGAGGAUCUGUCACCUGUAGCCCCCUGAUGAUGUCACUGCUGAGAUGUUUUUUUAUAUUUUUUAUAUUUUGUCUUUGUUUUGUUAACAUUUGGGCAGGGACACUAGAUUAGCGUUCUAGGUUUACAUCUGUUUACCUGUUGGUAAGUGGGCAUUGUCCCUGUCAAAUGAACUUGGUUUAAAAAAUGGUUUAGUUGGCAACCAGAUGAGGAUACGAGGGUAUAGGCUGAAUGUUAAGAUAAUAGAUUAUAACUACCACAAUUUGGACUUAAUGAAAGAUUUUGAUUUACAGUACUCCAUUGUCUGCUGGGAGAGCAAACAGCUCAGAGCCAAAUUCAGCAAGGAUUUAUUUAACUUCUGGUCUUAGGGAAGUUGUGAGAGCUGAAAAGCACCUGAAGGAUAUUAGAUUUGCACUUUGGAUAACAAAGGAAUAUAAUUAUACUGAAUGUACAACGAAGGAGUCCCAGGAUGAGUUCUAGGCUUAGAUUUCUAAAAAUCUCAAACUUAAGUUCCCAUGAUCUCCUUUUUCCUGUUGAGGACUGAAUGUGAAAUGAAUGAUGUGUUCAUGUAAAACACUGAUGUAUCAAUGUUGUUGCUGUACAGUUUGAAAUAGAGAAUUGAAUAUUUUAAUGACAGGCCCAGACUGGCUAAUUCUGGGGUGCUUUAUAUACUACUUAAUGCAUUUAAAUAAACAUUUCGAGUCGCCACGUCUGCACAGAAAGUAAAGUUUCAGUUUUAAUGUCACAUUUCAAAAACAACAGUUUUUAAACCUGAGGUAUCUGGCAUUCAGAGCUGCCGACCUCAACAGAGUGACAUUAUCGGAAAAGGUGCUCAUUCACUUUCUUGCAAAGACUUUAAUCAAAAGCUUGAUACCACUCUAUCAAGCUUUUGCCGAAACAGCCCUUCUAGGAACAAGCCAAAUAUUCGUAAAUAUCAUCAACAUCUGUUGUAUUGAGCAAAAAAAUCUACCAGUGGGUUUGGCUAGAAUUCUUAAAGCUAGCAUAUAAAUCUAGCCACUGAAAGACUGUAACGGGCCCUAAAACUAGAAAAAGUACAACAUUUUAAGAAAGCUGUGCAAACAAUUUAUUCAAACAGCAUAAUACAAAUAUGUCUUGGUUUAAGUAACCAGAAGCUUCUUAUAUUUAUCAUUUAUCAAUUUUUGAUAAACAAACUAAACAGCUGCUUCAUUUAGCACAGUGGAACAGGACUACGUUCUCUUAAACUGAGAAGUUGUGCAAGUGGUCUUGAAAUAAAGAAAAUAAUCUUGUUCCUCUGCUGGGAUAUUAUGUAAACUGUUGUUGCAACUGCUUACUGGUUCAAUCUAACUCAAUAUUAGCUGUAAUAUCUUAUUAAGACAGAGUAAGAGAUAUUUUCUUAAUACCAGAUUACUUUUCUAAUGCGAAACAUGCUUGAGGUUAUUCUUUUUAGACAAAAAACAAGGCUUUUUUAUUGCAGUGUACAUGGCAAAUAUGUGGCUGGAACCAGUAGCCAGUUAGUUUAGCUUAGCAUAAAGACUAGAAACAGCUAGUCUUGCUAUGUCCAAAAUGUGCUUUUGGCACCUCUAAAUCCCUGUAAUUUACAUGUUAUAUCUUAUUUGUUUAAUCCAUACAAAAAUGUUGAUGUAAAAAGGUUAAUUCGCUGCUUUAGUGUGUGUUUUACUGUCCAAUAAAGAAGCAGUUCUUGAUUUUAA